AUUAUCACUAGAGACUUAUUAAUUCGACUAACUAAUUAAAUAAAACGUCUCUUAUUAAUAAACCCAUUCAAAGUACAUACGUUUGUCUAUAUUUAACAAUAAAUAAAUAGAUGUGGUAUAGUGACUGGUUCUAGAACGUUUUAGGGGGGUAGGCCGUAAUAAAAUGCAGAAAUAAAUAUAGAAGCGGAAUAAUUUUGCCGAGAUAAUCUCCUUUUUAUCAACAUUUAAGUUCAUUGGCUCUAUUGACCACACUUAAUUUCUAUUUGUUUACAGAACAAACACCAAAAAAACAAAUAAAAAGCGCCCAUUAUCGCCCGUCCCCCAAGCCACCCCUAUAGCCCCCCAAGCCCUUAUCGCUCUCUAUUAAAAAUUUUUCCUCCGCUCAGCAAAGAAAUCAAAAGUGGUGGGGAUCCGUCGAUCGAGAAAUUUUAUUCGAGAGUGACACCGGCCGCGUGAAGUACUUGAAAACAGCCCCCUCGAAAAUCGAUAUUUGAUGUAUUUGAGCGACUCCAGUGAACUGUUCGCUUACAAGUGCGAAAACAACAACAGUUGUCCAUUUAAAGUGAUGAACGGGCGAAUCACAGACGUCAAUUUCAACAGCCAUCGCUGUGGGGCCAAAAAAACAGAAAUGGGCGACAGUGACUCGAGUGGCGAGGUGCGGAGUGAGGAGGUGCUAGCGCUGCGAAUAAAGUUUCCCACGAAAGUGCCGAUCAUCAUAAAACGGUACGCGAAAGAGAUGAAUUUGCCCCAUUUGGACAAGUGCAAGUUUCUGGUGCCGCAGGAAAUCACGGUGUCGCAAUUCCAGACGAUUAUAAGGAAUAGGCUGCAAUUGGGGCCCAACCACGCUCUGUAUUUACUAGUCAAUAACCGAUCAAUGGUCAGUUUAUCGCUGACUCUUGCUGAGGUCUACAGCGAGCAUGCAGGACCCGACGGCUUCCUUUACAUAACCUACGCCUCACAAGAAGUAUUCGGUAGUGCCUGAACGCAAACUUUGGGAUACCUGCAUUUUUUUAAUCGCAUUAAUUAUGUAAAUAGUAUUAAUUCGUCGUGUGUCUGUGCAUUACUUAUUUUAUUAAUUUUAUUACUGUAUGAGAUUUUGAAUGAUUUGCUAUUUUAAAUAUAUGAAUUCGAACUCA